AUGCGAAAAGCCAAACAGAAUAAGCUGUCGCGUGUGGAGGCAUUGGAGCGAUCGGGACAAAUGGAUUAUGCUGUUGAUAGCAGAGGGCUUCAUUUAGGCUCGUUGAGUGCUUACAGAGAGGGGAAACUUGAUUCGAAGGAUGUAAUGAUGGAUAAGUUUCAGCGUGUGUCGAAGUUUCAGUAUGACGCUGGAAUUAGAGACGGGUUUAUUCCUCGCGCGAUUAGCGAGAAGACGUUUCAUGAGGUGGGCACGAAACUGAUAUCUGCGGCGUGGACAAAUCCACCCAAUGGACACUCGAUUCGUGCGAUAUCUACUGAUGUCGAUGCUAUGGUUCGUCUCGGAUUCAUGAUCAGUAUUGACCAGCCGGAACUUCGUGGAUGGAUAGUUUCAUCGUGUGCACUAGCCAGGUCUGCAUGGGCAGUUGUGACUCUUGCGCGUAGACAAAUCACAGAUACCUCGUUACCAACAGGACCCCAGGGUAACUCAUGGCUACAAGAAAACGAGAAACUUUCCGACGAAGGAUAUCCAGCCGCCAUGCUCCUACAUGCAAAAGUAUUAAGCUUGAAAGGAAAAUUCCACGAAGCACUCGAGCUUCUUGAAAAUGGGGUCCUACCACAUCUCAAAGCAUCGUCUCGAAGAGCCCCGACAUUCGAAGAUAUCACUCUGGGCGGAAUUCUAGAUUCACCAUACAGAUUAUAUGCCGUUGUACAAGCCACACUUGGCGAACACUAUGAUUCAAAGAAAUACCGCGAUGGAGCGGACGAGGCACUUAAGAUUGCGGCGGUGGAAUAUAACGACGUCCAAGCAUUAGUGGAAUACGGCGGUCUAAUGAUGAACCAGAACAAGCUGGGACUAUAUGAAGAAUGCAUGUCCAAAGCUGCCAGUGGGGGUGAUGCUAAAGCAUGUCUCUUCCUUGCAAAUUACUACUAUCUCACCUAUCUCGGUGUUUAUCCGACACACGGAGAACAAAAACCAACGAAGAAAAACCCCGACCCCCUAGCGACAUGGAAACCUAUUAUUCCCACGCGCGAGGCGAAAGCUACCGAACUCACAACUUGGGGGCCACGGUAUUACUUGAGUACAUUAAAGAAGAUGGUUAAUAUAUCCACAUCUCGUCCAGAGUAUUAUACCCUUGCGAGAGAUUGGUAUGCACUUGCCUAUGAGCAUGGGGAGGGUGGAGCGGCUUUCAUGUCUGCGCUGAUGGAUCGGGAGCUUGGUCUAUUGCAUAAUGGCCGGGUGUAUCUGGAGAAGUCACAGAUGCAGCAUGAUCCACUUUUUCAAAAGAAAAUGGAGGAGCUGAAGGCUAAUUGGUACGAUAGCGCUUAUGAGCCGUCAGUUUCGAGGAAGAUGCUGCCUGUACAAUAG